AUGAAGCUCAUCGCCACGGCCCUGGUGUGCCUGCUGUUGGCCGGGGUGUGGCCACCGCACGUGGACAGCAAGAGCAUACUUGUGUCCUCCUCCAACUGCUGCUUCUCAUUCGUGGAGAGAAGGAUUCCCCUGAAGUCAAUCCGGUGUCACAGGCAAACCAGCUCCACUUGCUCCUAUGAUGCUCUCAUAUUCCAGCUGAAGGGAGGCAGACAGAGCUGUGCCUUGAAGACGCUCGGAUGGGUCCGGGCGCACCUUCAGAGUGUGAAACCCUGUCUGCCGUAG